UUUUACUCAGAGGAGCCUAAAUUCUAAAGGCCGCGGAGUCUGUAGGGGUGGUCUGAGCAGUGUGUCUCAGCGUUCCGAGGGGUGACAGAAUUCCAUUACAAUGGGGAACGUUUUUGAAAAGCUGUUUAAAAGUCUCUUUGGGAAAAAAGAGAUGCGGAUUCUCAUGGUAGGUUUGGAUGCAGCAGGCAAGACUACCAUCUUGUAUAAACUGAAGCUGGGAGAAGUCGUAACCACCAUCCCUACCAUAGGUUUCAAUGUGGAGACCGUAGAAUAUAAAAAUAUCAGCUUCACAGUCUGGGAUGUUGGUGGCCAGGACAAGAUCAGGCCUCUGUGGCGACAUUAUUUCCAGAAUACCCAAGGUCUGAUUUUUGUGGUUGACAGUAAUGACAGAGAACGGGUCAAUGAGGCCCGGGAAGAACUAACCAGGAUGUUGGCAGAAGAUGAGCUCCGAGAUGCAGUCUUAUUGGUGUUCGUAAAUAAACAGGAUCUUCCCAAUGCAAUGAAUGCAGCAGAGAUAACGGACAAGCUCGGCUUACAUUCCCUUCGCCAGAGAAACUGGUACAUUCAGGCCACCUGUGCCACCAGUGGAGAUGGGCUUUACGAAGGCCUAGACUGGCUCUCCAACCAGCUCAAAAACCAGAAGUGAUGGGAAGCAAUCCAUUCUCUGUGCAUUGUGGCAAAACCAGCUGGCCUCUUCUGUGUGCAUGUGUGCGUGGGAGGAGCCGUGGGGCUGGGCGUGGGGGCAGCUUUCUCACACCGUGCCUUAUACACACUUUAUAAGAAAAUCCAGUAUUUUCAGCCAACCAGUGUUACAUUUUAAACACUACCCUCCAUUUCAGUAGCUUCAGUGGUCAUUUCUGCAGAGGACUCCUUGGUACAUGAUAACCAGAGGACCUUCAGGAUAGAAAGGAAGAGAGCAGGAGCAUGAGAUACUGAGUCUAGCAUGUCUGCAUACCUGGAAUCCCAUUAGACUUUGGUGUCUUUUUGUAAAAACGGAGGAAUGAAUCAUCAGUUCUUUCCUGUUAUGCCAAAGCUAGCUGCUCACACCUUUCAGCGCUUUAAAGCAGGCUCCAGGAGAAAAGGUACUUUACACUCCAGGUGGCAGAGGCUCAUUCUGGAACCUUUCUCUUAAGUUCUGCUUCAGCCCAGGCUUCCGGGUUUAACAUGCUCUUUUUUUUUUUUUUUUUUUUGGUCAAAGAAAUCAGUGAUCUUUUUUCAUUAGAGUAUCAAGACUGUAACACUAGACGUUUCUAGCCCUUCCCUUACUUGCCAUGUGGAGAUUCUGGGGCCCCACCCAGGUCCACAGUGGAAGUGGGGUUGGGUAGAGGAAGCAAGGUGAGGUUGCUUUUGUGUUCUGAUAUCACCAUCUCAGGUCUCAGGCCCCGCUGAGACUGCUGCCUCCACUUCCCUUCUCUGUGCUGAAUGUUAAAGCAGGAAGCUGGAGGCUCUCCGUAGUUCCUGGCUCCUGGGCGGAGUCAUAGGCAGUGUACAGCUGUCUUAAGGCAAGUUUCUGUUCCCAGAACCAUGUAACUAAGAGUUCGAGAGACUCGACUAGUUAAUUUGGGGUGGGGGAGGGGUGAAGUAACCCCCUGGCAUUGCCUGGUAUUGUUGGUGCUAAAUGUUGCUAUGAAAAUCAUCUCUUGUCUAGGCCACUCCCUCUGGUAUUGACUCCUUCCCCAGAGGCAGUAACAUCCUAGGAACUGUUGGCAAAUGUGUUCAGUGUUGUCCUUCAAGUACUACUAAUAGCAUGUCGUGGAGCUGAUCGAGUGUCUCGGUCCAGACAAGUGUUAGCCACUUUGCUAAGCACCUCUGUGUUUAACCUUUUAAAAUUCCUUUUGUAAAAAAAAAAAAAAUCUGGAUUCCAGUUCUAUUAGAGGGGAACAUAAGGUGAAUCCAAUAAAAGGAAACCUUGUUUAGUGAUUCCAGUGAAUUAUACUAGGAAACAGUCUCAGGCCAUGACAAAUGAGGGGUGUGAUAUUUUUCUUUUAAGAUGUUAACCUGAAAGAAUGUUUAUUUCAAUACUGGCAGCUAAGAGGAGGUUUGAGUUUUACCCACAGAGCACUUCCUGAGAACUGUUUAGCCUGUGUGCCUCCAGCUGCCAGUGUCUGUCUCUUACACUCGUGUAUUGAUGCUUAGUACAGUGCACCUGGCAUGAUGCUGGGCCUCAUUAACACUUGCUGAUUGAUCGCAUAAUAAAGAACUGCUUUGGAAGGAGGAAAGGACA